CCGUGUUGUCACUGGAUGGAGUAGAUGACUUUAUUCGGUUUCGCGACAUGGGAAAUGAGUGCAUCAAUGACCCGACGCUGUGCGACGGAGGAUUGACUGUUGCAUUUUGGCUCAAGUAUCGUGCAGGUGAGUUUAUUCUGUCCAGCGGUCGUUACACUAAUCACAAUCGCGGACCUGGCUUCCAGUUCAUGUGUCAACAAAUUAAACACAAGCACUUUGUCCUUAAACUCUCCACACAGACUAGGGAAUGGAAAAUAACUAUAAAUUUUCUACCAAAAGCAUGGCUACAUUUUAUGUUUACUUGGCAUGUAAACAAUGGUCUCAGACUCUACAAUAAUGCCAAGCUAGUAAAGACGGAUAAUAGUUCAACAGACGUGAGAUUCUUGCCUUUAACCUCGCGCUACCGGACCAUUACACUCGGUCGACCUAACAGCCUGACUAAGAUGAACAGUUAUGCCAAAUUUGACAUCGGUCACCUGGUAAUAUGGACCAAUGAGCUGUCUUCCAAGGAGGUCCAAGUCGCAUUCCUUACGGUACUCGAAAGACAACCAAGUCCCUUAUCUGCUGCCAUUUCAAGAAAGAGGAUCCCUGUGUGUCUAACCCAUGUUACGAGGGCGCUACGUGCCGCCUAUUGGACGAGAAGUAUGAAUGCAUUUGUCCGGACAUAUCCGUUGGCCCGUGUAUGGAGCGAAACGGAGGAAGUCAGGGCCAAAAGGGUGUGCCGACUGAUGCACCUGUCAUCACCAGCACCCCUUUCACACCCAAUGCUACUAAAGGCAUCGAAGCCACAGCCGGCCCAAGUAGGCGACAGUUAGACGGAGAUUCCUUGCCAACAGUCGAUUCUAAAUUCUCCAUGCCCCAUGCAUGCUCUGCGGGAGGUAUCCAGUGUGUGUGCUUUAACUGCGAUGCAGAUUCAAGAGGGCUUAAGUGCUGUAUAGAUUUACUUGAACCUCGAGCUUUACAAGAAGGAGUCGCUAUCACAAUUGACUCAAUAACUAUUAGGAAGUUCUUGGAGAUCGAAGAAAGUGUGAGGCAAGUCACAGAGAAAGAGCUGGCGGAUGCUUGUCAAAGGAUUGAUUGUUUUGGAGUUUCAAAGUCACUAAAAAGAAGACGGCGCGACAAAGACGGCAAAGAGUCACUUCAUUCUGUGACCAACGUCAGUGUGGUGUUGUUUAGUAUUUUACCAGAUGCGCCUGCGCAUAGCAAAGGCGGGUUGACCGCAGCAUUUUACGCAACUGUGACGUCCCACAUGGCAGCGAGCAACCGUACUAAAGUGCUUAACGGAGCCGUGCUGGCUGACCUCAUGCGCGAAAAGCAAGAGGUGCUCAACAAGCAACUUAAUAUUUCCAUUGGGGUGAUUGCAUCCUGGGACUCUACAAAUAUAGGAAUUCUAAGUAUUAAACCAGGCGGUAGUCCUAGUGAAGGGAAAGAAUCCACUGCUGAGGAUAAAGAACACAUGUCUUACACCAUAUUCAUCAUCAUCUUGGUGUCUGGUAUCGUCGGCUUUCUAGUGUUGACAGCUGCCUUCAUUUUUAUUGGUAUUCGCUUUCAAAGGCGAAGGAAUGGUGAAUUUAUACCUACUGAGAUCUACACAGAUGGAGCGAGAAGGCCUUCGACUCCACGUAUUGUUGUUUCCUUCGCAACCGACGGCACAUCUGGUACCCAAUGCACAAGAGCUGGGCAAAGAAAAGAGCUGCGACGAAAAUCCACCGGAUCCGCAGGAGUUCUUGAUGAGGGGCGUGGCGCAAGAAGAAGUAGUACAGUGUCCUUAGGGGAAACCCCAUCCCUUAGUAGGUUUGUAGACCAGCUUUAUCCAUCUUCCGUUGAUCCCUCGACCCCGCGUAUCACAGACGUUCCCAAGAAAUCAGUCAGAAGAGGCAGUAUGGGUACAUGGAGUACAAACAGUUACGAAGACCAGCGCAUCCUGUCUUCAACUUCGAGUAUCACUGGCUUGCCCAAGAAACAGAUCAGAAGGGGGAGUGAGGGAACAGGGAAUGCAGAUGGCUGCGAGGAGCAACCAAUGCCAUUAUCCUUUGUUUACCCUAUAUCUGCAACCACCCAUGGCAUGCCCAAGAAUCUGGCCAUGAAUAAUCCGGACAAGAAUUCGGCGAGGAUUCCGACCAAGACUAGUGAAGGAGGGGACGGAGAUGCAGGAAGCAGAAGGAGUAGUGGGGGAAGUGUGGCCGGCAUUUUGAAAAAGCCCAUGGGAGUGAGGGUGACAUACCAACCACCAAAGUGGGACUAGAUAGGUCUCUGAACUCGAAUCUCAGUUAGACUGAUUCGUUGUUUCCAUUAAAAAUACAGCUACAUAGAAUGCAACAAAAACACCAACUUCGAUAAUUGAUUAACAAUAUUUGAAAGAAAGUAUCUUAUAUAUUCUUUUUAAUUAACAACGGAAAGGAAUUAAAAGAAAGAAGUAGACUAGGAAUUGCAGGUAAUCGCAGCCAUUCACGUUUGACAGGUACAAUGUGACUGCAUCGUGCAUUAAUGCGUCGUCUUCAGUUGAUUCAAUGCUUCUUAGGAGACGUAUUUGAAUUAAUACUUAUCUAGCGUUUAAUGUUAACUUAUAGCUAGUUCUACUGCUGUAUAGAAGCGCGUCCAGAUACAGCUAACCGAAAAUGAAGUCACGUAAUUUGUCCGGGGACAUGCGCAGUAAAUGAAAAAUGUCCACCAAAUGACGUGUCACUUCAAGCGUUAGUAACAUGCACCAUGACGUCGCAAAUGACGUAAUAUAUGUGUCAAGUGGCAUUCGCCAAGAAAGACGUCACUCAAUGUCCCCGGGUACAGGUCACCGUAAAAGACGUGGCAUUGCCGUAAAUGACGUCAAAUACGCACUCUUUAUCGUCAAUAUUCUUUAAAUCUAUGCCUAUACUGUUAAACUUGUCAUAUUUUCCACUACCCCUGGCAUGUCGCAAACUCUGGAUCUGUAACCAUAUCUUAACUGAGGGCAUUAAUAAAGCAUUUAAGCAUA